AUGUCGCGCACACGUCCUCCGAACCCACGAGAAUGGAGCCGUCUACAGAAUCACUGUACUUUCCUCACACCGCGCACCCGUACGCUUCUCCCUCCCGCGAUCAACAAUCACCUUCCCGGUAAACCCAACAACCACAGCCUCGCGCAUCCACGACUUCUGCACACCACACCCUCUCGCGGCGCAGCUCGGCCGGCGCCUUCUACCCGAAUAAAAGCCUUUCAAGUAAGAGACACCGGCAGACCCGGGUCUCUGGGCCAGCAACCCCCCACGGCCCUUCCUGAGGAAGACCUCCCGCCUCGGAACAGCGUCGCCCAUGCUCAACUCCAGGCUCACCUGCAAAUCUUCCAAAAAAAUGCAUUCCCACUGGUUAGUGCAAUGCUGAAGGAUGGGGUUAUUGAUAAGAACAUGACGCCCAAGAAAUUUAAGCGGAUUGGAACGGCGCUGUUACAGAAUGCGUACACAUCGCACGCACUAUCUCCGGACCUAAUUCGUAAUAUUGCGCGGGCUGAAGAUGUAGACCUGGACACCAUUCUCGAAAUCGGCCAUGUCAUUGCGGGAGAGAACGUCCAAGCUGCUAGAUGGGUGCUCGCUUCCUGCUUACGUGCUGGGUCGUUGGUGGCGCUCUUAAUUGCUGCAGCCCGUACUCUCAAUGGGUGUCACGACGGCGGCAACGUGUAUAACGCAACCACAGUUCGCGAACUUCCGUCUAAAACCCUACUUUCUCGGAUUGCCGUCAUUGCGCAGUCCAAGAAUGAGCCGCAUAAUUCUGAUCCGCGAGUCAAGCUCCUUUACGCGAAAUACCUGGGUCUACGUGGGCAGUACGAGCAGGGCAUAGCACUAGUCCAGGAGGUGUUGCAAUUGAUUGAACCCAGUCGAGUAUAUCGCAAGCCGACUCUAACUAUUAAUAACUCCAUUGAACCACCGUGGCUGCUGCUCGCAUGGUUAAAGCGCGAGUUGAGGAAGACUCAAAUUAAGAAGAAGAACGGAGGCCGCGGUGACAGAAAAGGGGAUGCAAACGAUGUAGUCUCUCAGGAGGAAGUGGAUGCAUUACGUCUCGGGGCGAUAGAGUACCAGGACCCAAUUGCACUUGUGCAUUAUGCCAGGUACAUGGGGGAGGAAAGUGGGAUUAAUGAUUAUGAAACAUACAUGGGGCAGGCAGCUGCGGCUGGGAACAAAGACGCAUGCCGGAAAUUAGCCAACUUCUACUAUCUCAUCUCAGUUGGACAGUACCCGCAGCUCGGGACGCGGGACGCAAAGUCUACAAAGUUACGGACGACUGCCGAGACCACUACGGAGGACAUAGACAUGAAGGAAGCAGAAAGCGCGAAGGGUGCUCUAUCAACAUUAUUGUCCUACUUUGGCCCACGUCCUCGUCACGAGUACCGCGCCCUGGCGAUGGAAUGGUAUCGCGUUGCUCUGGCCCAAGGUUGUUUCGGUUCAGGGUUGCAUCUUUCUCUACUUCAUGGACAGGACGGUAACCAUGAGGCUGCAGGGGCAGUGUUUCAAGAAGUUGAAAAGCACGCAGAUCAAAUGCAGGGCUGGGCUCAAAAGCUAAUAGCUGCACUUCAGGAAGGAACAAACGUGCCAACGGGGUUGCCUCUUGAUGUGUAG